AUGCCAGCACGUGGGGUAUCAUUCGCUGACCGAACGGAGCAAGAUACACCUGUUCUCAGGGUAGAUUCAACGGCAAAUGCCGGAAGAACGAAUGAAGAGCAGGCUGUCAGAAGUGCCACAGUGCCGGAGAGGCUUGCGGCCAAGCCGACCGCAACCUCGAAUGACAGAGCCAAUGGCAAUGGAGGUAUCGGCCAGAUCCAAGGUGUUGCUAAUGACCAAGUUUCACAUGACGAUCCAAAACCCGAUGAUGGAAACGCCGGCGAGCACCAAGUCAGCUGCGACGAUGGAGAUGUGACGGGAAGGGAUGGUGCGUGGGUUGUCCCUGGGGUCGGUACCUUUCAAAAGCGGGCUCUCUACACAUUCGACGGACUCAGUCUACCUGCUGGCCUCCAUAAGAGCAACUAUACUGUGCAGAGCCGGAGAGUGGGAUAUGGAAACCCACAGAUCCCUUACAAUGAGCGGUUCGACCCGGCAAACGUUCAGCUUCGCAACGGGUUUCUCACUCUGACCGUUCCAGGAGGCCAGCAGCCCACGCAGGCCGACAAUUACGCUAUCAGAUGUGCGGAAAUAACGACUGUGGACCAAAAUAUCCUCUACGCCAGCGUUCGGACCAAAGCUAUCUUCUGCCAGGAACCUGGCACCAUUCACGCAGGCCUCUUUUUCUACAAGAGUGACACUCAGGAGACCGAUAUCGAAUACUUGACAGAUCCAUCUUCCUUGUCCAACCCAGGUCCGGGCGUACCAGUGCCCAUGUGGUACACGAAUCAGGCUGUGGAUCCUCAGAAUAUGGCCAAGACUUACCAGACCGGCAAUGCUCCAACGGACUGCACAACGAACGUCCAUGAGUAUCGGCUUGACUGGACCAAGGACUUUACUGCCUUCUACAUCGACGGAGUGCUCCAGAAAAAGUUCUGGGUCAACAUUCCGAGUGUGCCAGGUACAUGGGUUUGGAACAAUUGGGCGAAUGGCGAUAGGGGGUGGUCGGCCGGUCCUCCAGCGCGGGACAAUGUUUUCAGAAUCCAGAGCAUCACCAUGUACUACAACACUGCAGGCAACGCAUCAAGUGGUUCGGUUUAG